AUGACUACUGAACUUUCCAAUCCAAACAGAGAAUCGCCGCUGGCAGCUGUGGAAACCGAGCUCUCUUCAAUAAUUGAAACACUGAUACAUCUCGGUGUUCAAGUGCACGAUUUCCAGGGCACAGAGGAGGCCAAAAUUGGGCUUUCGAACAAUAUCAACAAGCUUAUAAGUCAAUUGCAGUCGAUCUCGUCGAAAAAAGAUCUGCAGGACAUUUCUAUCCCAUUAGAGAUUGUCAAUUACAUCGAAGACGGACGCAAUCCCGAUAUCUACACGCGAGAGUUUGUUGAUGUGGUGCGAAAGAUCAACCAAUAUUUGUACGGAAAAUCGAUUGCUUUCCAACAAUUUCGAGACAUUUUGAGCGCUAAAAUCAAAUCCGAGUUCCCUGACCUAGAGCAAGAAGUCGAGAGCAUCAGGGCGAAGACCAAUCUAAAGGAUGUCUCUUCAUAG